UUUUCCACCACAAUUCUCCCAAAUCCCACUUCUCCCUUCUCUCUUCUUCAAAAUGAGUUCACCAUCAACAACAAGAAGAAGAAGACCAUGUUUCAUUGAAGAAGAUGAUGGUCUUGUUUCUUUAGCUGAAACUCAACCUGAGUUCUCAGGCAAUAAUAAUCAAAAUCAUAAUAAUAAUAUCAACAAUAACAAGAAUCUUAAUUUGAUUUAUAGGCCUCUUUAUUAUACAAGAAGAAAUAGCAUGAAGAAUCUCUCUUCUUCUUCUCCUUCUUCCUUGUUGUCUCCAAGAUCUGUUAUUUCUGCUGGAAAAUACUGUGAUGGUAGAUUUGAUGAACCCCAUCACUAUUUCUUGGAUGCUUGUUUUCUUUGUAAGAAAAGAAUUGGUGAUAACAGUGACAUCUUCAUGUACAGAGGGGACACUCCAUUCUGUAGUGAAGAGUGUAGGCAAUUACAAAUAGAGAAGGAUGAAACUAAAGACAGAAAAAGGAACAUUUCUUCUAUAAAAGCUAUGAGAAAAAAGGAACAAAAACAACAAUCAACUUCUCCAAACAAAACUUCAGAAGAUUACCCUUUGAGACCUGGAACUGUUGCUGCUGCUUGAGCAAAAAAUGAAAAAUGAAUCUAACCUACUUGGAUGAAAAUAAUAAUAUUCAAGAAGGUUCAUUUAUCAUAAAUUAGCUAUAAAUAUAUAAAUAUUAUUAAGAAAAAAAAUGGUUCAUAUGAGGGGUAUGAACAUGUGAAGAAGAAAGAAUAUACAAGAGUUUUUUUUAUUUUUUUUUAUUUUGUUAUAUUAAGUUUUAUGUUCAAGGUAUGAAAAUGUUGAAAAGUGGAGAGGAGGCUUGUAAUGGCUCUCUGGAAAGUGGAAAAGAUGAAUGACUUUUUUUUUUUGGUUUUUGUCCCAAAUUUUUUGGUGCUCCUUUUCGGGGUUCUCUUGGGUUUUUUUUCACUAUGGAAUGAGAAGCAAUAACAAGGAAAGUUCUCCCUUUCAUCA